GUACUUGCUGCUAGAUUAACAAAUAAAAAAGAUAAAUUCGUGUAAUUAGCUGAAUUUUUUUAGCCGCGGGAUUCAAUUGGAUUGCAGUGAUUAAUUGGAUUAAGUAUUGUUGUUGUUGUUAUUAUUGAUAACGAUGAUGAUGAUGAUGAUGUUAAGGUUGACAGCAGUUAAAGUGUGCUGAUAAUUAAUGUGAAUUUAAAACAAAUAAGUAAAAAUGAUGUUCACGUGGGUGUUAGUGGCCGUGCUGGCUUUGCAGCCAAUUAUAAUAAUAGAAGCCGCGCUUAAUUCGCGAGUGGUUAGAACUAAAUACGGUGAAAUAUCUGGUGUGAUUGUAACUCUUGAGCGUAAUCUCGAGGGCGUGGAGGUAUUCCGCGGCGUACCGUACGCCUCGCCACCGGUCGGCUCGCUGAGAUUUAUGCCACCAGUCAAUGGGGCGCUGUGGCAAGGUGUUAAAGUAGCCGAUAAGUUUAGUCCAGUGUGUCCUCAGAAACUGCCGAAUCUAACAAAUGAGAUGCCGAGAGGUAGAGUCGAGUACCUUAAGAGAUUACUACCCUACUUGCGUAAUCAGAGUGAGGAUUGUCUGUAUCUCAACAUCUACGCGCCUGUUCAAGCUGGCGCCCGAGACGGCGCCAACCGCAGAUACCCGGUGAUCGUCUUUGUCCACGGGGAAAGCUACGAAUGGAGUAGCGGUAAUCCUUAUGACGGCAGUGUACUUGCAAGUUAUGGCGGUGUCGUUGUCGUCACCAUCAACUACCGACUUGGCAUAUUAGGGUUCCUAAAUGCCAACACGGAUUCGAACUUACGCUCACCGGCUAAUUAUGGGCUGAUGGAUCAGAUAGCGGCUCUACAUUGGGUCCAAGAGAAUAUCCUCUAUUUCGGCGGUGAUCCCAGUAAUGUUACCUUAGUGGGACAUGGGACUGGGGCUGCGUGCGUUAAUUUUCUCAUGGCCAGUCAUGCAGUACCUGAUGGUCUUCUGUUUCAUCGGAGUGUCCUGAUGUCAGGCAGCGCGUUGUCACCCUGGGCAUUGGUCAGAGGUGCUGCGUCUUAUGCGAUGCAAGUCGCUAAAUAUUUGAAUUGCACAGCGGUGAGCCAUGAUCCCCAGUUGUUGCUCCGAUGUCUGAGAGCCGUCCCACUGGAAAAUCUCUUGUCCGUCCCUGUCGAGGGACUGGCUUUUGCCCCGGCCUUUGGACCUAGUAUUGACGGCGUUGUCAUUGAUCCCGGAGAUCCUGAGGAUUUAGACUACACGCUCCAAGUUGACACUAUCAAUACACUCAAUAAUAUUCUACUCCGGAAGGAUGUUGUUGCUAAACUCAGCAGAUAUGAUCUAAUGGUCGGGGUAGUACGGACGGAGUCAUAUUUUUCACUGACAUCCGACGAUUCUCAGUACGGAUUAGAAGCAGAUCGUCGGACAAAAAUAUUACGUGAGUUUGUAAGAAAUACUUACACGUAUCAUCAGCCAGAAAUACUGGCAACUAUUAUUAAUGAAUACACUGAUUGGGAGAGACCUAUACAACAUCCAGCAAGUAUAAGAGAUGAAACCCUCGAAGCGUUGGGUGACGCCAAUACUGUGGCGCCGGCAACCAAAACCGUCGACCUCCACAGCCAAUCUCAUAGAAAUUCUUAUUUGUAUGUUUUUGAUUACCAAACUAAAUUUGGAGAUUAUCCUCAGAGACUAGGAUGUAUUCACGGCGAAGAACUUCCAUACUUCUUUGGAGCGCCAUUAGUGGGUGGUUUAGCUCACUGGCCAAAGAAUUAUACAAGGGCUGAGAUAACGUUGUCUGAAAGUGUUAUAUUAUAUCUUACAAACUUUGCUCGUACUGGAAAUCCAAAUGAAGGAACUCCGGAUACUGGACCAGGAGGUAGUCGACCUGAGCGAACGAAAUUAAAAAAUAUACUCUGGACGGCUUAUGAAGCCGUACAUAAAAACUAUCUCAAUCUAGACACUAAAUCAAAGUUAAAAAAUCAUUACCGGGCACAUAGAUUAUCCUUUUGGUUGAAUUUAGUCCCGGAUCUUCAUAAACCUGGUGGCGAUGACGUGCCACGUUCUCACCAUUUAUUAGACGCUGAACAGGUACCACCGCGUUUUAUACAAAGGAUACCGACGACAACAAAAUUAACUACCAUUGAAAUAACAACCGAACGUAUACCGAACACGACAACGACACCAUCGAGUGAAUUAACGCUCGAAGAAACAACACCGCAGCCUGAGGACGGUUUCGCGGCGUACUCGACCGCCCUCAGUGUGACAAUAGCCAUCGGUUGCAGUUUAUUAAUACUAAAUGUCCUGAUAUUCGCGGGUGUUUACUAUCAGCGUGACAAAAACCAGCACCAUUGUCCUAAAAAACGUCAAGAGAACGGACAAAUGCCGAACAAUAUUUGCGGGGAAUUAGAAACAAAGACAUCAGACCGUCAUCACAUCCAGCAUAUGCCGCCCCCGGACUUUGCGGACUUGCAAAAUAAUUCAUGUCUCGUGCCCAUGCCGCCCCCGCCUCCAAAAAACACAAAACCCUCGAAGCCACAAGCGGGACAGAAUUUAAUAAUGAGUCCAAAUCAACUUCAACAGGAGAACAUGCCCAUGUCUGCUGUGGGAACUCUGAAAAAAGGCCAAAAUCACCAGCAGAUUAUGGAGGAACUGAGAGUCUGACUUUAGGACAACAGCUCAUCGAGCUGUUCUCGGAUUAUUUCAACUUCAUCCUUCUACGGAUAACAAAUAAAUAAAUAAAUAACGAAAAAAAGUAUGAGGAUAAAUCUUAAUACUGCCAGAGGUAAUUUUAAAAAUAAAUAGCCUUUAAUCCCAUUGUAUGGAUCCACAAUAAUCUUUUAUUCGUACAUUGACAUUACGAAUAAUUCAUGAAAUUUUUUUUUAUCCAGCCACGUUAUUUGUGGACACAUACAUGGAACGUAUAAAUAUAUAAAUAUAAAUGCAUAUGUAGAUUCGUGGGUGGUUACAAUAAAAAUUAAUAAUAUUUUGUAACCCAGAGCGAUAACUUUGUACAGUUAUUUACGAUAAAUGUAAACAUUUGUUAGCAAUUGAAGGAAUAAAUAAUAAUUUUUUCGA